UGUACAACAUGGCGGAAGCAGAAGCCGAAUCUCUGGAAUCUCUCCUAAACAAGGCGACCAGUCCCAUGUGCAAUGGAGAGGACUGGGACUUGAUCAUGAAAUUCUGUGAUCACGUGAACAAUGAACUGGAGGGAUCCAUCACCGCGGUGGGCUUACUGGUUCACAAGAUCACGUCACCGCAGGAGAAAGAGGCAUUGCUUGGAUUAGCUUGUCUUGAGGCCUGUGUGAAGAACUGUGGCAGGAAUUUUCAUGCUGAAAUUGGCAAGUUCCGGUUUCUCAAUGAGAUGAUCAAAAUAAUAUCACCAAAGUAUUUAGGUGCAAAACGAUCUGAGAAAGUGAAGAAGCGAUGUGUGGAGCUUAUGUACGCCUGGACGAAGGGUCUACCUCAUGAAUCCAAGAUGGGAGAGGCGUAUCAGAUGUUGAAAAGGCAAGGCGUGGUUAAACAGGAUCCUACUUAUAUUGAUAAAAGACUUGAGUCAAUGGCUCCUCCCCCUGACAGGCCACGGAAUGCUGUGUUUGAGGACGAGGAGAAGUCCAAGAUCCUUGCCCGAUUAUUGAAGAGCAAGCACCCAGAAGAUUUACAAGCUGCCAACCGUCUGAUUAAGAAUAUGGUCAAGCAGGAUGUGGAUCGAACAGAAAAAAUAGCCAAAAGAGUGACAGAAGUAGAAACAGUGAACAAUAAUGUGAGGCUCUUGAAGGAGAUGCUCACCCAAUAUAAUGCAUCUUAUACAACUGCAUCCGAGAAGGAUGUUAUGAAAGAAUUGUACGAAACACUCGACAAACAUCGACCAAAUUUAUUCCGCUUGGCGAGUGAUACGGAUGAUAAAGACGAUUCUGCAAUAGCUGAUAUUCUGGCCGCAAACGAUGCUUUGAUGAGUGUGAUGACCUUGUACAAGAAGUUGAUACCAGAUGAUAGCCAAAGUACAAAUGGAGAGACAGCUGCACCGUCAGGGCAUGAUUCGUCUGCCUUGGUUGACCUCGGGUUUGAUGCAGGUAGCAAGUUGACACCGAAAAAACAGCUGGUCUCUUCCACGGCAUCCAUACUGGAAAAUGAUCUGGCUUGUUUAGGAUUGGCUGACAUGGGAACAAAUGAAGCUGCCACUGCUCAAACACAAAAUACAGAUAGUAAAUUAGACGAAUUGGGUGAUAUAUUUGCGUCGGUGCAGAAUCCUUCUACUAAUACUAUGGCAUUUUCGAUGACAUCCACGACUUCACCAUUCCAAGCUAACUUCUCAACGAAUGCCUCUUUUCCGAAUCAGACGUUUGUGUCAGCGAAUCAACCUCAGUUAUCAUAUGCUACAGCUGCCCCAGGUUUGAUAACUGCUCCAGGUGCCCCUUCAAGCCAGCCGGCAGCAGCGUCAAAAUCAUCUGCACUCGACGAUUUAAAUAUGUUAGGACAAAAUUUACUACAGCAGAGUCUGCCAGCAGACAAACAACUUCAAGGCCAGGUUCCUGCUACAUCAAUAAGUCUUGGCAUAACAGGUUCGUCAGGACAGAUGAUACUGUACAGCCAAAAGAUACCCAUGAAUCAGCUGAAGUCACAACAAGCUGGCGCUGCCCUCUCUACACAAGGUGGAACAUUAAUAUCACAGACGGGACCAAUGCCUUCUCAACCUUUGAACACGGUGGCAUCUUCUGGAGGAACUACGGCUAGUCCGAGUUUAGGUUCGCUACCGCAACCAGCCACCCCGGAGCUUCUAUCCCUCAAGGAUAUAUUUGUUCCCCUUCAGACUAUAAAACCCUCUUCUGUUCCUGCUAUGAACGCUUACGACAAAGGAGGCAUAAAAAUUGUGAUCCAUUUUGGCCGUGAUAACCCCAAGCCCCAUAUUAUAGUCAUGGUUGUGUCCAUAAUGAGUAUGAAUGCGAGUCCAGUCAAAAACCUGGAGUUUCAAGCUGCUGUCCCUAAGCUUAUGAAGGUGAAGCUCCAGCCUCCGUCUGCCAUUGAAUUGCCAUCAUAUAACCCGAUCUUACCUCCUUCAGCAAUUACCCAAGUCAUGCUUUUAGCUAAUCCACAAAAGGAAAAAAUACGAUUAAAAUUCAAACUAAGUUACGUCGUUGAUGAUCAUCCUGUGUCUGAGGUUGGAGAAAUGGAUUCUUUUCCUGUGCAGUGAAAACAUAACCUGAUCGACAUCAACGAACUAUGACAAUUCAUUUCAAACUGAGGAUAGAAGAGAUCACCUGUACAUCAGUGCACCCUACCUGUAUAAUCAGGUCUCUUGUAAAUCAAUGCACACCACCUGUAUAUUCAAUCUGAUGUACAGUGAACUUUCUAGCUUUGAAUUGAUUGAUAUACAGUUGUAAAAAGGCAUUUUCAUUUGAAUAAUGUAGGACUGUGAAGGAUAGGACUUCAGUAUUUGCCAGAUUUUGGUUCAGUUAGGAGUUUGUCCGCAUUGUAGCGGAGUCUGACAGAAACAUUACCUGUGGUGCGAUGUUUAGUUACUCUCUGCAGCCAGUUUUGUUAAUUGGUCAUGUUUGCCAAGAGUAAACAAAGUACAGUAGAAGCUCUCGGUUAAGGACACCUAUAAGAUUGACUAAUAUCCUUGACCGGGCUUUUAAUUCAUGUCUGUGCUAAUCGGAACAAUUAAUUGGUAUCAUAAUGAUACCAGAGAUUAUUUUUUAUAUCAGAAAGUGUAAUCAUCAGAAUUGUGUAUUUGGUCUAGUCAAAGCUUAGCGAUGCAUUGUCAACGUUUAGUGAUGCAGGCUCAGGCAGGCGGUUAAUGUGAACACAGCAUUCUGAUUGCCUCUUUAGUUUGUCCUUUGGUGGCAAAUAUUGAAGUGUUGUACACCAACAAGUAUAUUUUCAUUGGUAGUGGGGUCAAUAUCCUGCAUGGAACGAAGAAAAUAAGGAAGUAAUUCUGCAAUGGAUCAAAAAUUUGGAUGGACUCCCAAGAAUUAGCCAUCCUGACAUUCCAGGAUCAUUGAGCACUUUGCUUCGCCUUCAGUCUUGAAGGGACAUAGUGUGCAAUGUUCUGGCACUUAGUACCCAGGGAUGAAUGAGGAUUGUGUAUAUGUAACGAGACUUUGUUCAAAAAUGUCAUUGCCUCUUCAUGAAGUUAAAUAAUUCAUCAUCUCAUGCAUGCAGGUGAAUAUGGUCACUACUUAUUUACUGAUGGUACUUGAUGUAAAUUGAAAAUAGAUAUAUGUAUCCCUUUAGUGUAAUACAUGUGUAUUUUCUGAAUCAAGGCUGCUUUGGUUAUUUAAUGAAUAUUUUAAGCAGUAACUGGCCUAAACCAUAGUGGCCAGGACUACCCGAGACUAUUGACAGAAAUGAGUUGUUUGGCUCAACAAACAUGUACCAUAGGGAGACAAGCUAUUCAUUACUUUUAAGUCAGUGGUUGCCCAUCGUCUUGAACUUCAUAUCUUAUGGCAUUUGAUAUGAUCAGCACAGGAAAUAUGUUGUUGUACCAUCAAGUAUUUACUUUCAUUAAAGCUUUAAAAUAUUCAUAUGCAUUUCUGUGCUUUGUAGGCCUAUGUGUCGUGUAUUAUUUUCUUCUUGACUGAGGGAAAUUAGAGCACAAUGCAACAUUUCACGUGCUGUGGAGAAUUGAUUGUAAAUUUGUUAUUUCUGUACAGAUCUUUAAUAUUGAAAAUAUACAAAU